AUGGAGAAAAGUUGGCAUAAACUUGAUGGUGGAGCCGCAGCUGCUUCAAAUCUCACUGUAAGCUCUCUCUCUCUCUCUCUCUCUCUCCUCUCUCUCUCUCAUUUCAUUGCACGCUUUCUCCUCCGAUUUCUGUUAUUCUCUGAUUUUGUUGAUUCUCUCUUCGCUCCACCCAUGCUCACGCACCCUCCUUCAUACCGCCAACUGCACGCGUCAUGUACCAAAAGGGACGUUUCCACUUUGCCCGAACAUGCAAAUCCUUUGUCUCCCACGCGCGCACAAAAAGCGCGCGUUUACACUAGCUUACCUCUAUUGUUUUUCCAUUUUUUUUCUGGUUUUAAUUCAGAUUAUCAUGUCGAGACCAUGUACUUGAAAAGGCAAGAAGGACAGCUCUCCGAGGGCGCCGCAAUGAGGCUUUGUUUGGGCAGACAACUACUGCUGCCUUCUUCACCCGAUUCUACCCUUGAUGCUACAGCUCAUAUUAGAGUUGGCUCUUAUUACGAAAUUGAUCACUCCAAGCUUCCCACUAACGCCCCAGACCAACUCAAGUUAGUUCGAGUUAUCAUGGUGAACAAAAAGUCUAAGUCCAGCGUGUCAUUAAGGUAUCCAAGCGUGUAUUCUCUCCAUGCUCACUUCAGCGAGAGGAAUUAUAGGAAACUGGCAAAGAUGUUACCUUCACUCGAUGAACAUUGCGCAAUGGGAUCGGAGCUUGCUGGAGAUGUUUUAUAUCGUAGGAUCCCACCACAUGAAAUUGCAGUGCAAAGGAAUCAAUGGAACUUUUGGAUAGUAGUUUCUUCGAAGGAACAGGAAAGAGGGAAGAACCCGAGCCUAAGCCCAGCUACCGUUACCAGAUACGUCAACGCGGUCUCUACGAAAGGCUUGUGCUUGUCCGAGUUGAAGUCUACAGGGAUGGUCCAGUGGGGUCGGCGUAAGCAAGUUCGGUUCUUGGGUCCCCAGGUGGAGGAGAGGCGGGAACGGAGUUUGCCAAGAACUGUAAACGGGGAAGAGGAAGAGAAAGGAAAUGAAGACGAUGAAGAAGAUGAUGAAGGGGACGAGAAAGAAAUAAUGGUGAGUGAUGAAGAGAACAAGGAGACAGAUAGGAAGAGCUGUAAGAGGAAGGUCCAUGGAGCAAGCUACAAAACCCAAAUGCCAAAGAAACUAAAACAUGAAACGCAGAACCAACAAAUUACUCGUUACAAGCCAAGUAAGAGAAGAGAAGUCAAGAAUUCCAUUGAAAGAUGGUCUUUUCAGAGGUAUAAUUUAGCUGCGGAAAACAUGUUGAAGAUUAUGAAGGAGAAGGGAGCAGUGUUUCGGAAACCAAUACUCAGGCCAGCAUUGAGAGUAGAGGCUAGGAAGCUGAUUGGGGACACUGGUUUGUUGGAUCAUUUGCUGAAGCACAUGGCUGGGAAAGUGGCUCCUGGAGGAGAAGAAAGAUUCAUGAGGCGGCAUAAUGCCGAUGGGGCAAUGGAGUAUUGGUUGGAGAGUGCUGAUUUAAUGGACAUCAGGAAGGAGGCUGGGGUGCAGGAUCCUUAUUGGACUCCACCUCCAGGUUGGAAGCUUGGUGAUAACCCCGUCCAGAAUCCUGUUUGUGCUAGAGAGCUCAAAGAGCUUAGGGAAGAAAUAGCCAAACUGAAAGAGUAUUGACCUUUUAUUCUUUUCCCUUG